CUCCCCGGGACCGCAGGGGCUUCCAGAGAGAAGAAGAGAAGAAGAAGAGAAAAAAAAAAAAAGGAGGCGAGGCACGUCAACGUGACUGAGGCCGCGUUAGCGCACACGGCUGUUUAUCGCUGCUCAAGAACGGAUUUACACCGACCCGGCACCCCUCGCGCCGCAGUGAAAGCGUUCCUCCGUUUACAAAAACCGGGAGGCAAACAUGUCGCCCUGACAUCGACUUUUAAUACCGGAAACCCCGUUAGCUUUGCUCGCGAAUAGCUAGCUAGCUAGCUGUUACAUACCCUCGGUUUUUCCUCCCCCCCCCCCCACCACCCUCCACGCAACUGACCUCCACCACAACACAGACUAUCAGUUCCUCGCUAGGUUGGGGGUCACUAGUCUCUCGUGUCUUAACGUUCGCUUCCCACCCCCACCCACCACCACCCCCCACGCGUGGCGCCCCCGUGGACGGUUCCCGAAUAUGAUCCACAAUGAGUCAGAGAGACACCUUGGUUCAUCUGUUCGCAGGAGGAUGUGGGGGCACGGUCGGAGCCAUAUUGACUUGUCCCCUGGAAGUGGUGAAGACCCGCCUGCAGUCGUCCUCCAUCACCCUCUAUGUGUCUGAGGUUCAGCUCAGCACCGUCAACGGGGGCGGUGUGGCCCGCAUGGCCCCGCCGGGCCCCCUGCACUGCCUCAAGUUGAUAUUGGAGAAAGAAGGACCUCGCUCUCUCUUCAGGGGCUUGGGGCCGAACUUGGUGGGCGUGGCACCUUCCAGAGCAAUCUACUUCGCUGCCUACUCGACGGCCAAAGAGAAGCUGAACGGUGUGUUGGAGCCCGACUCCACACAGGUGCACAUGGUGUCGGCAGGAAUGGCAGGUUUUACAGCCAUCACAGCGACCAAUCCCAUAUGGCUCAUAAAGACUCGCCUGCAGCUGGACGCCAGGAAUCGGGGCGAGCGGCGGAUGAGCGCGUUCGAGUGCGUGCGGCGGGUGUAUCAGACGGACGGCGUGCGGGGCUUCUACCGGGGAAUGUCGGCGUCCUACGCCGGCAUCUCAGAGACUGUGAUCCACUUUGUGAUCUAUGAAAACAUCAAACGGCGCCUCCUGGAGGCCAAGGCGCCGCAGAACAUGGACGAGGAGGAGGAGACGUCCAAAGACGCGUCGGACUUCAUCGGGAUGAUGCUCGCCGCCGCCACCUCCAAGACCUGUGCCACGACUAUCGCUUAUCCUCAUGAAGUGAUCCGGACCCGGCUACGCGAGGAGGGCACCAAGUACAACUCCUUCUUCCAGACUCUAACCACGGUGCCCAAGGAGGAGGGCUACCGCGCGCUGUACCGGGGCCUCACCACCCACCUGGUGCGACAGAUCCCCAACACCGCCAUCAUGAUGUGCACCUACGAGCUGGUGGUCUACCUCCUGAACGGUUAAAGCCUCCCCUCUUCCCCCCCCCCCCCCCCCCCCCCGCGCCCCACCUACCCUGCCCCCACCCCCUUGUUCGGAGAUGGAGAGAGAAGAAGAACGAGAGCCAACUGCACACCAGCCUGCUCGCCAGAAGAGGACGGAGACGCCGCCGUGACCUUUUGUUUCUGUGAUGCGAGUUCCAGUUUUUUGUUCUGUGACUAAAAGGGUCUGGCACAGCAGGGGGGGGGGGGGGGGGGGGGAUCGUGAUGUUCCUCACAUUGGUUUGGGGACCGAGGGCAAAGAAAUGGGUUUCCCUAUUUAUAGUUUUAUUCCAUCCUUUUUGGGUUUCUUUUCUUCCUCUGUUGGCUUCUGGAAGCAGGAAGUUACAGUAUAUUCUGCCUCUUAACAAUACUAAUAAUGACAAAGUACAGUAAUUCCAAUCCUUACUACCUAGUGCAUAUAAGAACCUCCUCUUUUCAAAAAGUAUUUCAUUAGUAUCGUGCAGUAUUUCCCCCCCCCCUCCCAGAGUACCACCAGAGGGCCGGAAAUACAAAGAUUCAAGGAUCUGACGAGGGAGCGCUCUCAAGGAACCGGGUGCUUUAGCUAGAACAGAGGGGUGGAGAACGUUGGGGGAGGGGGAGGGGAACACACACGGGUUCUGGAGAAGGAGAGUCGUACACUGGUUUCAUGCGAUUGCAGUUCAAAGGUGCCCCCCCCCCCCCAAAAAAAAGAAAUUACUUAGCUGAAGGGGUACACAUUCUUUAAAAAAAGGUCCCCAAACUAAGCCAGAAAACAAAAAUUUUAACUACUGGAAUGUAAAUAAACAGGUGGAACACUGACCCCCACCCCCCCCCCCCCACGUCGUGAAUUAAAAAAAUAAAUAAAAAUAGAUGUGAUUUAACAUAUUUUAACAAACGGAUAUGAAGAGGAGCGAUUCACCGGAUAGACAUCACCUUUUGAUUAUAGCCCCUUUUUUUUUUUUUUUUGUCUUUCUCCAGAAUCCUCAUCUCAUGUUGUUGUUGUUGUGUGUGUUUUUGUUUUUGUUUACAGGCGAGGACAAUCCUCUUGAGUUUAAACUCCUCCUGGAAACGUUGUUCUCACAGUUAAGCUAGAAGUGGCCGGAACUACGCUCUUCAUAAGUGCCCAUUGAUUCAAUGCAAACACACCGGGACUAUUUUAUUGGUUUCAUCCGCGUGUUGUUCUUCUUUUUAUCUUACGUCACGUUUCACCCGUCGCCUCCUUCCUCUUUAAACACCUGGCGAGGUGAACCCUCCCCUCCGUCGUCCUCGCUUCCUCGUGAGGUUCUUUUUAUCUUUCUCCCCUCCCUCUGGAGCUGUUGACCCUCACACACACACACACACACACACACACACACACACACACACACAGGAUCUU